AUGCGCAAGGCAGAUUUCUCUCGCGAGGAUCUCGAGCUCUUAUCGCCCCACAUUCAUAGGGUGCGCGAGCUACAUUUGCGGUUGUCCGAGUGGAAAACUUCGACGCCGAUCGUAUUUGAGACGCUUUCGGCUUCGGGAGCUGCUCCAGAGCUUGUCAGUUUGACUAUUGACACGCUCGGUACCGUUGAUGCAGGGAGUCAUCUUCCGGCGCUGUUUAACGGACAUAUGCCGAAAUUACGGAAGCUGUGUCUCGAGUACUUCUCGACCUGGCCCAGUGGUUACUUCACCUCUCUUACGCACGUCUGCUUCCAUCAUCAGCCCGUACCACAAUCCUCCCGUCCUACUACUUCACAGUUUCUCGAUUUUCUUGAAGCAUGUCCCGCCUUGGAGGUGCUUGCGAUG